GGCUGAGAGAGGGAGCGGAAGAGCGGGGAGCGGAGACCCUGCAGCGCCCCAAGCCGGGCACCCUGCACCGCCUGCGGCCGACGGGACCCGCCAGCAGAGGGGAGCGGGGACCCUGCAGCGCCCCAAGCCGGGCACCCUGCACCGCCUGCGGCCGACGGGACCCGCCAGCAGAGGGGAGCGGGGACCCUGCAGCGCCCCAAGCCGGGCACCCUGCACCGCCUGCGGCCGACGGGACCCGCCAGCAGAGGGGAGCGGGGACCCUGCAGCGCCCCAAGCCGGGCACCCUGCACCGCCUGCGGCCGACGGGACCCGCCAGCAGAGGGGAGCGGGGACCCGCCAGGAACCCAGAGACAGCGCCAGCGCCAGGAGAGCCUCGGUCCGGCCGCCGGGCGGGGAGACCCUCGGAGCGCCCAGCCCCGAGCGCGGCCAGGCGCGGAGAGCGGAGCCCGCCGGGACCCCGCGCCGGGCUGGCCGGUUUGCGGGGCGAGCGGAGAAGCAGAGGCUGAGCCGCGCUCCCAGCGCCUCUGCAGCCCGGCGAUGCGGAGCGGAGCUCCCGCGGACUGGAGCCGAUGAGCCGCGGAGCCGAGCCCCGCCGGAUGUCGGGGAGAGCCGGCCGCCGCACGAGGUGUGAGGGAGCGGGGCGCUCCCAGGCGUAAGUGCCGCGGCCGCUCGGAGAGCCCCGGGCUGCGUGGGGCGGAGGCCCGGACCCAGGCCGGUAGAUUUCAUUUCCUUGAACUUUGUUUGGAAGCCGGGGCUGACGCUGCCUGCUGCUUCUCCGUGCCCGCCCCGCCCGAGCGCAUCCCCGCUACGCGCCCCCACGCCCUGGCCACCUGCCCCUGCAAGAUGUGAGCGCGGGGACGGCUCCCUGGGGACCCCGGCUCGCCCGCCGCUGCCUGCUGCAGGGACGCUGUGAGUUGGCUUUAAAAGACUUUGGGGCUAUCGCUCGCUGCGGUUCCGAGCGCGCUCCUGGCGGAGCCGGUCCGAGUCGCGCACCGGGGCACGCGGGGCGCCAUGCCCUACUGAUCCCCAGAAGUAUGUUUGGGCUGGAGCAGUUUGAGCCCCAGAUCAGCAGCAGAAACGCCGGACAAGGCGAGAGAAACUUUAGCCAGGCCGGACUGACCAUGGGCUCUCACUUCAAAUCGCCAGCUUUCCACGCCGGGGGCCCCGCGGAUCCGGCCAUCAGCGCCCUGGGCGAGCCUCCCAUCCUGGGCAUGAACAUGAACAUGGCUGGGGAAGCGUACGGCUUCCAUGCCCGGGGACACUCCGAGCUGCACGCAGGGGGGAUGCAGGCUCAGCCGGUUCAUGGCUUUUUCGGCAACCAGCAGCCUCACCACGGCCAUCCCACCACCCACCACCCGCACCAGCAUCACCCGCACUUCAGCGGCAACUUUGGGUCCGACCCCAGCGCCUCCUGCUUGCACGGAGGGCGGCUGAUGAGCUACAGCAGCAGCGUGGGCAGCCAGCAAGCGUUUGCAGAGGGAUAUGAACAUAUGGCCGAGAACCAAGGGGGCGAGGGCUUUGGACAGCAGAGGUCAGGUAACAUGCCCGAUUUCCAGCACCAUAACUCCAGCGCCUCUAACCACGCCGUGCCCGCGCCCUGCCUCCCACUGGAUCAGUCUCCCAACCGGGCUGCCUCCUUCCAUGGGCUUCCAGCCUCCAGCUCCUCGGAUUCCCACAGCCUGGAGCAGAGGCGGCUUCCCAACCCGGGAGGCGUCGAUUCUUUGGAAUACAAUUACGCCAGCGACGGCCCUUCAGGACACUUCGAUUUGCCCGUGUUUUCUCCUUCCGAGUCGGAGGGGCAGCUUCCUCACUAUGGCGCUGGCCGGCAAGUUCCUGGGGGUGGCAGUUUCCCUGGCACAUCCGUUUUGCCCAGAGCACCGGGCCUGGUGGGGAUGUCCAAAGUUCACCCGCAGCAGCAGCAGCAGCACGGCGUAUUCUUCGACAGGUUUGGAGGUGCUCGUAAGAUGUCUGUGGGCAUGGAGCCUGGGGUUAACGCCAGGCAUCCUCUAAUGCAACAGCAGCCACAGGCCGGUUUACUGGCCAGACAAAACUCCUGUCCGCCAGCAAUCCCCAGGCAACAGCAAACCGAGGCCAGCGCGCCCAACCCCAGCUUGCAGGACAAUGGGCCCCUCCUGCAGAACCAGCACGCACAGUUUGAGUACCCUAUUCACAGGCUGGAGAACAGGAAUAUGCACCCCUAUCCCGACCCCGUGUUUAAUAUGCAGCCCCCUCCUCCGCAGCAGCCACCAAAUCAAAGACUGCAGCAUUUCGACGCCCCGUACAUGAGCGUGGCCAAGAGGCCGAGGUUUGACUUCCCCAGCUCCCCCGCCGUCGACAGGUGCGCGGCCUGGAGUAACCCCCUGCACGGCGCCGGGAUGGAAAACCACCUGUCGCCGUCCGCCUACCCCGGCCUGGCGGGCGAGUUCACGCCGCCGGUGCCCGAGAGCUUCGCCCCGGGCCCGCCGCUCCAGCACCCGGGCCCCGACCCGCAGGCCCUGCAGCAGCGCCAGAACGCCGCGCUCAUGAUCAAGCAGAUGGCCUCCCGCAGCCAGCAGCAGAGACUCGGGCCCAGCCUGCAGCAGCUGGGGCACCACGGGGACCUCGGCCAGGGCGGCCUGGCGCACGCGGGCCCCGUCGGGACCAUGCCGCAGCCCGGCUUCGAGCGCGACAGCGGCGGCCGCGGGCCCGGCUUCGAGCCGCCCGCCCCGCACCUGGCCCAGGACAGCGGCUGGUUCCCGGGGCCGCCCCCGCCGGGGGGGGAGCUGCUGCCGCCGCCGCCGCCCCCGCCCCCGCCGCGGCGCCUGGGCGGGCCCGCCGAGCCCGGCCCGCACGAGCUCAGCCUGGCGCCCGGCGGCUCCGGCCUGCUCUUCCGGCCGGCCGCGGGCGGGCUGGGGCUGGCGGGGGAAGGCCGCGGGCCGGCCCUGCACUCCCCGGGCGUCCACGCCCCGUUCGGCGCCGGCUUGGCCCCGCUGCCGUCCCCGGGCGCGGGCGGCGGCGGCGGCGUGGUGGGGCUGCCCAGCGCGCCCGCCGAGCGCCGCCCGCCGGCCGACUUCGCCGCGCCCCCGCUGGGCGGCCCGGCGGCCUUCGGCUUCGGCGCCUCGGGCCGGCCGGCCCCGCCGCCCAGCGCCAGCGGCUCGCCCGGCGCCUUCCCGCCGCCCGAGUUCCCGCCGGCGCCGCGCGCCGCCGCCGCCAGCAAGCUGGGCGCGCUGUCGCUGGGCUCCUUCGCCAAGCCGGCCAAGGAGGCCGCGUUCGGGCAGAGCUGCCUGGCCGCGCUCUCCACCGCCUGCCAGAACAUGAUCGCCAGCCUGGGCGCGCCCAACCUGCACGUCACCUUCGCCAAGCGCGGCCCGCCCGAGGCCCGGCGCAAGCCCGGCCCGCCCGAGCCCGACGGCGGCGCCGCGCCCGGCCCCGCGCCCGGCCCGGACUUCUUCCCCGCCAAGGCCGCGCCCGAGGCCAGCCCCUCGCCCGGCUUCCCGCCCGAGGCCGCGCCGGGCGGCGAGGGCAAGGCGGCGGCGGCGGCGGCGGCGGCGGGCGGGCGCGGGCGGGGCCGGCGGAAGCGGGACAGCGGCCACGUCAGCCCGGGCGGCUUCUUCGACAAGUUCCCGCCGGCCGAGGGCGGCGGCGCGGCCAGCCCCGGCCCCGGCCCCGGCCCCGGCGCCCCGCCCGCCGCGCACGACCGGCCGCUGGCCUCGCCCUCCUGGGCCAAGGGCGGCGAGCGGCCGCGGGGCGAGCAGCCCGACCUCCUGGCCUCGCUGGACGGCGGCCUCCCGAGCGCCAGCAAGUCGGACGGCGGCUCCCCGCGCGGGGACUUCCCCGCCGAGCCCAGCCCCGCCUACGGCCACGAGGACGAGGUCUCCUCCAGCUCCGACGGCGGCCCGGCCAAGCCCCCGACGCGCAGCCCGCUGCUGGGCGGCUCCCCGCCGCAGGCGCUGCUGGGCGGCCAGAAGCCGCUGGCCCUGGGCCUGCUGGGCGGCCCGGGCCCGGCCCCGGACGGCUACGGGCUGGGCGGCGGCGGCGGCGGCCACCCGGGCACCCCGGGCCUGGAGCAGGUGCGCACCCCGGGCAGCAGCUCGGCGCAGGACGAGAUCCACCCGCUGGAGAUCCUGCAGGCGCAGAUCCAGCUCCAGCGGCAGCAGUUCAGCAUCUCCGAAGACCAGCCGCUGGGCAUGAAGAGCAAAAAGGCCGAGUGCCCCAGCCAGAACGGGGAGGGCGAGUUGAACAGCUGUUGCUCGGAUAGCGUCAAAGGUGCCAUGAGCACGAUAGACCUGGACUCCCUGAUGGCAGAGCAUAACUCUACCUGGUACAUGCCUAGCGAGAAGUCCUUGAUGGAGGGGCAGGAGGAGGACAAGCCUAUGGCACCAUGGGAGAAGUCGAAGCCCCAGAAUCCCAGCAAAGAAGCCCACGACCUUCCCCAGAACAAGACCUCAGCUGCGGCGCAGACUGGCAGCCAUUUGCAAUGCCUCUCAGUCCACUGCACGGAUGACAUGGGCGAGUCGAAGGGCCGGACUGCGGUGCCGACAUGGAGAUCCCUGCACUCAGACAUCUCCAACAGAUUUGGGACUUUUGUGGCUGCCCUGACUUGAACAAAAGGACAUUAUUUUUUUUCUCUUUUUAAUUUUAAAGGGCCGCUACUGCUAGGUGGACUAUUUUUCUAGGUUGGUACCUGCUUAGUGGCAUAUGGACUGGAAAGGGUUAAUUUAAAGUAAACCUCAAUUUUUUUAAUCUUCUGCCACAGUAUGUUACCAGUGUUAACCCUUUUGCAGUUAGCACACUUUUGCUUAAGAUUUUCCUGCUAGAUCAUUUUCCCCUUUAUUCUGUAAUCUUGGCAUACAUUUGUAGAUGAGGCCUUUUCCUUUUUCAUCUCAAUGUAUGUCCAAGUAGUGUGUGUCAUAAUGAGGCAAAAAUACUUCUCCUUUUUCUUUCGUUUUUUCUUUUUUCCUUUUUUUCCCCCUUGCUUUGUUCAAUGCUUAUUAAAAUGGAAAUCCUGAAGAAUAGCAGUUCAGGAAUAAAUGCCGGUUGAAGUGAAAUUGUCAUCAUAAUAUUAUAUAUUGACACCAAGCUUUCGUCAGUCACAUACAAACCAAACAAUUAAUGCUCUAUUAAGUAUUCAGCCUGUGAUUUUUGUCUUUCCUGAGAUCAUUUAUUUUUUUGUUACCAAGAAUACAUUCAGCCUUCAUCUCUUGCUGUUAAGUGGAAACAACUAUUCAGUUUAUUUGCUGACUUCAAGCCCAGAUAUAGUUAUAUGCUGAACAAUAGGGCUUGUAGCAGUGAAGUCUGGUUGACCAAACAUGUUUAAAAAAAAUUGAAACUGCCAAUUAAAGCGUUUUAAUCCCUUCUCCACCAAGGACCAAGGUUUGAGUGGAAUUCCUCACACCUUUCUUCUAUUACUGGGGAGUACAGACCACCUCCAGGACACAGCAUAUAUCUAAAGUUCCCACAUCUUUAAUUUUCCUUCCAGAAGAAGGGAAGUUUAAGUACCACAUUAUCUCUGUAACUGUUGAAGCAGGGGCUUCUUUUAAGGAAAAUCACAUACCAAACCCCCGUUGUACUGUGCUUUUCCUGUGGAACAACUUCCUGGUUACAUGAAUGUAAGAAAACUCUGAUUCCUUGACAUGAGGAACUCCCCUGUGCUAGGCUAAAUUUAAAUCAGCCAUUCAGCUAUUACUUAGGCCAUGUGUACACUACCACUUACGUCGCUCAGAUGUGUGGAAAAAGAACACACCCCUGGAUGACAUAAGUUUUGCCAGCAUAAGUGACAGUGUGCACAGCGCUAUGUUGGUGGGAGAACUUCCCUUGCAGACAUCGUUACCGCUGCUCGUUGGGGAUGGUUUAGUUCUGUUGACGGGAGAGCUCUCUACCGUCAGCAUAGAGUAGCUAUGUGGGAGAUCUUACAGUGGCACAGAUAAGGGUUGCUACCUUUCUAAUUGCUGGUAACUGGACCCUUCUCUGCCUCUUCCCUGCCCAAGAUACCUUCCCCCAUUGCUCGCUGGAUCAUCUCCACCUCCCACCCCACCCACCAGCUAGGCUCCCUCUGCUCUGGGGCUGGAACGGGAGCUGCUGCAGCCUGACAAGAAGCCUGCCUGCAGGUAGGAGGCGGCCCUGGCUGAGCAGGGGCUUGCAUGGGUUAAUGACUCGGCGCCUCCCCAUGGUAACUGGACUUUUGGUGUCUGGUCACUACAUCUUACUGGAUGCUGCCAGGUCCCUUUUCAGCCAGACUUUCCGGGUGAAAGCCAGGCACCUAGCAAACAGACACAGAAGUCGAUCACUGGAUUGCUGGUUGGCAACCCUAGUGCAGUUGCAUCAGGACAGCUGUUCCACCGUAAGCUCUCUAGUGUAGACGUAGCCGCUUAAGUUUACCCAGGGAGUCACAAGUCGGCCCUGAAGCAAAGGCGUCACUUUCUGGUUAAAGAAAAAGGCCCCUCAGAGUGCUGGUAACGUUUUUAGUAUAGCUGCUUGUGCCAUUACUCGAAGUGCCACCCUUUAAUGUAUGUCACUGAAAACAUUGAAUGUGUGAGACCAGGCAUUUUCAGGAGUGGAACCAAGCAUGAAGCUGGGAAAUUUGGUACAUAUCAGUACAUACUGGUGGGUAUCCUUUUCAUUCUAGCCAGUUCCCACAUUUGUGCACCUGUAUGUCAGAGAUUAGCGUUCUCUAAACUGCCAGGCUGCUGGUGCGGCCUAACUUGGAUCCCAUAAUUCCUGUUGGUAAAGACAGUUUCUGUUCGCAUUUGUGUCCUGUUUGAAGGACAGUAUUAUUAGAUACAUACAAUAAAAGGAAACCAUUCUUUCCUGCCCUUCACAGAUAAUACUCAUCAGGGCAGAAAGCUGGAAACAAAUGAGCUAAAAAUGAAAAAAUGAUCGCACACUGGUGUGGUUUUACAUUUGUGUAGCCUCUGCUUACAGUAAGACUAAACGGUCCCACCCUUGUUCAGACAUGCUCAAUCCAGUGGUGCUGGAACAGUUUUUAUAGUGGGGGUGCUGAAGGUGAAAACCAUAUAUUUGGGGUGUUGUUACUAUUUCAAGACAGGGUGUGGCAGCACCUCUACUUCCAGCACCCUCCGCUCAGUCUCCUCCACUCCUCUGCGGUCAGUAAGAGCACUGGAGGAUUAGAUCAUAGCUGUGAAAUGCAGGACUGGUACGCCGUGAUUAUUUAUCCCUCGUUUCGUGGAUUGACAGUGUGCCCCUUUUUGAGAGCUGGUGUUUGGAGGACUGUCUUGAACUUGUCUUGGAUGGUCGCAUUGGGCCAUUGGUUUUAAAGCAGAGUUCUGUAUCGACACCACUGGGGAGGGAAUUGUGCUUAAAAACUCACGGUACAGUGUGGCCCUGAAAUCUUUCAAUUGUGCUGUUUCAAAACUCACAGCAUUUUAAAUAAAAAGAAAAGGAGUACUUGUGGCACCUUAAUAAAUUGGUUAGUCUCUAAGGUGCCACAAGUACUCCUUUUCUUUUUGCGAAUACAGACUAACACGGCUGUUACUCUGAAACCUAACAUUUUAAAUGAAGUUACAGAUGGUAUUUAACUUGUCACACUCUCCCUGCUCUCUUAUUUGGAACAAGCUCUCCUUGGCCUUAUGUGGAUUUAUUUUCCUGCUGUGUCACUGCUCACUGACUUGACUUGGGUUAGUUUUUUUUAAACUAGGAAAUUUAUAAGGGUCACUGAGUUUUAGUUGGUCUUUGUUUCAGAAUUUAAAAAACAUCCCUGAUUUUGAGACGCUUUUAAUCUUUUUUUAAAAAAAGAUUGUUUUGAUGCUGGAAUGGUGACUGGAAUAUGGAGCUCACUUGUAUUCCCGGGCCUAGAACAAAAAGGCAUGACACUUGGCCGGAUCCAGGUGAAAGGCUCAAAUCUUCUGCCCUUCACCUGCUCUAAAUAACAUCGUCUGAGGGAAUAUAUCUCCUGGUGUAACAAUCGUUACCCAGACUCACUUUGGAGAACAUGCCCCAACCCAAGAAAGCACAGUUUCUUAAGUCCCAGUUCAGCAGAGUACUUAUGUGCUUAAUUUUAAAUGGAAGUAAUUCCAUCUCUCGUCAUCCAAGCACUUAAGCAUGUGCUUUCCCUGAGGCACGUGUUUCUCUUGUUAGCUUUCAUGGAAUUUAAACCAAGUUUUAAAAAAAGAGUAGGAGAGGGGAGGAAACUUGGUUCUGUCUCUAGAGCUGCCCAUUUAUUUAUCAAACCUGUCUAGACAUGCUACAGGAUCUGUUUAGCCUUUUUGGUAGCUUUGUUCCAUCCACGUCUCCCUGACUUGUAAAUGGCUUAUUCUCACCUUAACUGAGGGACAGAAUGCCAGCUGUCUAAUAGUAAUUAUUGAAGUGAUACCAGUACGUUGCAAUGGGAUUUCAGGGCGUCUGUUUGCAAAAUUCUGAUGGAAUAAGGUGUAUGCAAUUACCAACCAGGUCAAUGUUUAUUACUAAGCUUUUAUUACCUGUGAUAAGUUUUCUGUCCAGCUUCUCCAUUGAUUUGAUAAGUGCACUGAUUUUUUUAAACAUAUACAAAAUAUCAGCAAAGCACUAGAUUAUCAAAAAGAUUUAGUUUCUGGAAUAAUGAUACUCGUCUUCAUUUUAGGAAUGCUUUGAGAGCUACAGAUGAAAAAUACUGAGAGAGCUAAAGUAUCACUAGAUCUCCAUUUUACAGGUCAGGAAAUGGAGCUGGGGAAGGGGGGAGUGACUUGAGAUGAGUCCCAGAGCUGGGACUGUAACACUGGUCUCCUGACUCCCUCCUAGUUCAGUGGCAUACACAUUGGCCUAUCUGCUUCUUCAGUAUAAUUUUAAAACUACUGCCUUUGAGGACAGUCUAGUCCAAUAAGUAAUGAAAUUCAAUGAAUUGCAAGUGCUGCGAAAAUGACUGCAUAAAGCCAAAAAAAAAAGUUUAAAGUGCAUCUGCAUAUUUUAAAAGACUUCAUGGUGGUGAAAACACGGCACUAAAAAGCCAGUAGUUUUAUGGUAAAUAUGCAUUUAACAUGUGUACAAGCUUCAUUUUGUAUUGCAAACAGCAGCUUAAAAUAAUAUGGCUUCAUACUGGUACUGCAGAGUCCACUUUGACCCGCCUGGCAUUUUCAGUUGCUGUACACAGGCAUGUAGUCUAGGCAGCAGUCUAAGCAGCAUUUUAGAAAUUAAAUCUUUUAGUUCUUACCCCUCGAGGGUAAAUUUCUCCCUGCACAGUGUUUGCUGACUUUUUUUGUGUGUGUUAAAAGAAAUUUCAUACUUACACUUCGAGUGUCAGCAUAGCAGCAUGUUGAGCAAAAUAUCGUUUGUUUAAGUUAUGGGGAAUGAUAAUUCAUCUUUGUCAAAAAAGAAUGAAUAGGCCUUAUUUAUUAAAUGCUCUUUGGGAGUUUUCCCCAGGGCAUGUUCUCAUAGGGUUAAUAUUUCUCCGUCACUGUAGUUCAGUUGUUAGCUCAUCAGUGACAGGAGUUUAGAUUCAUUUUCAUUUAAUUAAGGUGAAUUUCAGCAAAUGUGUAAUGAUUCCAGGAUUAAUGUGGUAUGGUGGGUGGAAAAGAAAUAAAAAUGAAAAUUUCGUCAUCUAUUUCGUUUAGCGAACUCCUUCUAAUGCUGCAUUUAGAGAUGGCUGUUCUAAGGCUAGUUAACCUUUCCAACCAGGAAAUCAGUUUGAAGGCUUUCUGGCACAACACUACGGCUAAAUGUUCAUUAACUCCUUAAUGAAGAGCUGUGUAAUAUGACCACAAAUCUAUCUGCUGUAGAGCAAGUCAUGUUUGCUCUAAUACUAAGAAGAAAUAGAAUUGGUAAAUUUGAUUUUUUUUAAAGCUGCAGUGUAUCCUUUUCUUGAAUUCUAGAUUCACAGCUGUUCAGUGGAUGGGGUAUAAGAGCUUAAUCCAUUGUUAUAGAAUUGUUUCUCCUUUAUUGCUUAAGGCUAAUGGAGGAAGUAGUCUAAUUUUGUCUUAGAAUUUUUCUAUUAAAAUUGUUGGUUUGAGUCCAUCCAUUCAUAGAUUUUGACUGAUGAAACUGCAGGCUGUGAAUUCCGGCAGUUAUAACUUUAUCACUAUUCACUACUCAAGAAUAUUACAGCUUUAAAACAGCCUUAAGCAAAAGGAUGUUAUUUCUUUGUACUAAAUUUGGUUCAUGGAUAAGAAAAAAAAAUAACACUGGUAAUCCGUACUGCAUAGCAAACUCUUCUGAAAAAUGUUAUUGCACAUGUAAAAUAUGAAAAUUUGACUCUGCUGUGUGUUAGGCAAUCCUGUAAUCUUUUUUUUCUCUCUUGUUAAAUUCAUUUCUUAAAUGCUUGGUUGGAAGACUGUGACAAUAGCUCAUGAAAUUGAGUGUUAUUUUUCUUUCUUUUUUUAAAUAUGUAAAGUGCAGUCUUCUGUAUUCAUGCAUAUUGUAUAUAUCUGUAUAUGUUUUACUGAGCAACUAAAUAACAAUAAAUAUGAUGUUAAUGGUG